UUGUUUGAAACCGUUUUUAAAACUGAAGAUAAACAAAAGUGGUAUUGGUGUUCGUUUUGUGCUCUAAAAAAGUGUAAAAAAAGCGUUAGUUGAAAGUUCGCUCUAUCGCAAAUGUGUCAUUCCCUUUUUUCAUUUUGUUUUGCCAAAGAUAAACAUUUAUUUUUCAACAAAAAGAACUAUUUCAUUAUAACUUUUCCUGUUUGCAGAUAUUCAUGAAAUUGCUAAUAUUCUGCCUUUUGGCAGUUUAUUUGGCACAAUGUCAAGAACUUCACUCACUUUUGGAUUUGUGUCUAAAUCCGCCAUCAACUCCGACAAGUAUCAGUGAUAAAAUUCUUCCUGAAAAUGUAUAUAAAAUUUCUGGAAGUAUUUCGGAUUAUAUAAAAGCAACAACAUCGCUUUUAGUUGAAUCAUCUGAUGAGGAUUAUCGAGUAUUGGAAAGAAUUUUGCAAGAUAAGACAAAAGAAAGAUGGAUUCAGGAAUUGAAAGGAAAUCAAAAACAUUUUUAUGUAAAUGCUACUGGUAAGUUCAUUUUGAAUAUUGAAAGAAUCUAUAUAUAUAUAAUAUAUUAUGUUUAAGGUGGGAGUUGUAUUGGAAAUGCACCAAAACCACAAAUAAUUUCGAAUCCAAACUUUAUAUCGAUAAUUGGAAAUGACACAUCAUCGUAUUACUCGAUUAUUCAAGGAUUUUUAAACUCUGCUAAAACACAUACUGGUUUUUUGAUCAAUGGAAGUCAAGAAAUUAUUGGUGGUCUUAUCACAAAUAAGUGGGUUUCCUGUCAGAAAUCAGGAAAUUCUUCGUUUGUGGUGGAAAUCAGAUAUUCUGGAGAUAAAUCUAUCGCCCCAGUUUUUUCCUCAAAUCCAAUGAUUUUUUCAAUAAGAUUGGUUGAACUGGCGGAUUUUAACAGUGGGUUUUUAAAAAAUUGGUUGACAAAACAAGAUUUUUUAAGGCACUACACCAAUUGCUCAUAUUUCGAUUGAAAUGGAUCGCUAUGAUCUACCGGUUGGAAAUGAAGCUAUUGUGAGUUUUAAAAAAUUUGCGUUUUCAUGAAUAUGAAAAGUUAUUUAUAUAAACAUUGAAUAUAAAUAAAUAAAAUACUAUUUUUUAGAUUGAACAUGGAAUUCGAUGCACAAAUUUAAAUGAUUCAACCAUGCUUCCAUUGAAUCCGAUUUCCGAGUUUUCAGGAGUUUUGAACUACUUUGAUCACGCAACUAAUAAAUCUCAAAUAUUGAAUGUUCUUUACUCAAAGAGUCAGAAUGUUUUCUCGUUCUCUGGAGAAAAAAAUUUCGAAUUGGGCGUCAGUUUGGUCAAAGCUGCUCCAUUGUAUUUUAGAAAUCGAACGAAUUAUGUUCUACACGAUUUUAAACACGGUGAGAAAUAUCAAACAAAAGAAAAACAAGUAGAUUAAAACAAAUAAUUUCAGGUUAUGAAUUUACAAUGUCUGAUGACUCUUGCACAUCAUUUUCUACACUUUCUGCAGUUACUUCUGAUGUUUUGAAAGACAAUAAUACUUUUAUAACAUUGAAACCAUUCGAAAUUAUAAUUGUUGAUCAAACUCUUCGUUUCGAUGAAUAUCAAUCAGAAAUUAAUUGGCUCGGUAGAAAAAUUCGAAAUUUCCGAGCAUACCAUCUGACCGAAGAAACGAUUCAUGAAGUAAAAAUUGAUGCCGAAACACUGGAAAUAAUCGAACUUGCUGUUUUCCACGAAGGAACUCGUCACUUGGGAAUAACUGUCACAAUUCAAAGAACAUCGGAAAUAAAAGUUGAUUUGGCAAGACUUUCGAAUUGUUAUGAAAAUGGACAAUAUUCAAAUAAUACAUGCGUUGUGGAUUUGAAAAAUAGUAAGUUUUUGUUUACAAAUAUAUGUAUUUUCAAUUAUUGUUUUUUUAAAGAAAAUGUGACUGACUUGAAAAAUGUUGGGUUGACUGCGUUGAAUGAGGCUGUUGUUGAAUCUAUUUCUAAAAAUGUGGCUCCAGUUAUCCCUUAUCGUAUUCUUGUGUUCUGGGUGAGUUUAACAUAUUUUUUUCUUUUUUUUUCAAAAGUUGAAUUCUGAAAAUCAAAAAAAAAAGUUUCAGACACAAACAGCAGAUGGAGGCUUACAAACAAUGUUACGUAUUUCGGACAAAACUUCUGUUCCUCCUGCAAACACGACAUUUUAUAAUAUUACAACAGAACUCGCGACUGAAGAUCUUUGGAAACUAGUAAACCAAACAAUUUUUGACGAAAAACUUCCUCUGGAAAUAUUGAAAAACGAUGGAGCUAAAGAAGAAUGGGUUUUCAACGCAAAAUCGGUUACACUUUAUCCAUCACCAAAUACACCAUCUGAUUUCCUCGGUUAUACUGGAGGUGCCAUGUUUGUUCUUGCCAUUUUCUGUCUUCUUAUUGGUGUUUCUAUCGGUUAGUUUACAAUUUGUCAGUUUAAUUUAAUAUUAAACCUUCAGGUGCUGCUGGUGUUUUUGUUGCCACUCGUCGUCAACGAAUUUCAACAUUAGCCUACCAAGUUUUUGAAUAA